GAAGUACCUGGAUAACCGGCAAAUACUCGUCCUCAUUGGUUUGGUCGUCUUAUCGUUAGCGUUGAUAGGGACUCUAAUUUGAUAAAAACUAACUGGAUUUGAAUAUUAUUCAAGUUCAAGGGUCUCAUUGUUAGGAAAGUGACACAUGCGCAUUCGAUUGAUUGUGAUGUAAAUAAUCAGGAUUCACUGCUUGGCUCGACCAUGAUUAGUUGAAAGUCAUUUGACCGUUGUACAGCUUGUUCGUUGUCGUUGUACUUCUUGUAAUUGGUAGAUAAGGAAAGCUGGUGAUAUCAUAUAUUAAAUUCUCAGCUUGUGACUUAUACCUAGGACAGUUGAACGAUUUUUCAGUUCCCCUUAGCAUCUCGAACUGUCAACAUGUUUUCAAUUAUUGUCUUAGCUCUGUUGAGUCUGUCAUCCUUAUCCAAUGGUUUCAGAAUUAGUAAUUGUGGUUCCCCGGCUGGAAGUUACAGCCGUAUUUUAAUUUCAGGCUGUGAUGAUUUGAACAAUGUAUGCGUAUUGCAUAGAGGAACAAAUGUAUCUAUGGAGAUUGAUUUUCAAACAACUGAAAAUGUUGUGGACGUGAAAACAGUUGUGCAUGGCACUAUACUUGUUGUGCCUAUCCGGUUUCCUGUGCCGCAUCCCGAUGCAUGCACUGAUCCGAAUUCUGGGCUAUCUUGCCCUCUUAACAAGGAAGGACAAUACCAUUACAAGUCUACAUUUCCAGUACAUACUAAAUACCCUGCGGUGUCCCUUACUGUGAAGUGGGAACUCCAGGAUGAAAAUGGAAAUGAUAUUGUAUGUUUUGAACUGCCGGCAAAAAUACGUUGAUAUUUUCAAGAAAUGCGUUCAACAGAUUGGGUGAUAUUUUUAUAUUCACAUAUUUUUAUUCUCGAAAAAAAAACAACUGAAAUGUAUGCGUGAAGUUUUGAAAAUAAAUGUACUUUCAACAAA